AUGCCAGGGGCUGUAGUUUCCACCGGCAUCACCGGAAUUAGCUUGCUGAUGACCCUGUCCAGAAGAAUUUCAAAUCCGUAUUUGGAAACUCCUUCAAAGAUUUAUGGAGAAAGUUCUUCAUGUGCUGGGAGAGCUCUCAGGAAUAUUUUUACUCUACAAGCAUCUGACCUGAUUAAAGACAGGGUGUACCUUACUGGCAUUUGCAGGAGAAGCUGUGUUGGAUCGGAACUGGUAGACUGGCUUCUGGAGCAGUGCCCUUUUGUUAAGUGCAGAUCUACAGCAGUUGGAGUGUGGCAGCUCCUCCUGGAUAUGGGCAUUAUAUUAUCGGUGGACAGACAACUCUAUUUUCAAGAUGCUCAUGCUUUCUACCAGUUCUCAGCGGAUGAAUGUACCUACCUUUUCUGUGAAUUUGAGAAAGAGGAAGGGUGGAAGAAUGGGGUAAAGCUCCUACUUCAGCUACUGCCGUUGUCUCCUCCCAGGAUUGACAUGUGUAAUCUGCCUGAUCAAAAAAUAGAAGAUACGGCAGAAACCAAUGCUGAAAUUCUUGCUCGUCUCACUUCUGCGGUACAGAGAGAACUGGCUGCUGUCAUUGCCUUGAAAGCAAGGAAGUCAGCCAUUCAUCAAAAUGAGGAAAACAGCAGUCAAGAAAUAAGAGGACUAGGAGAGCUCAAGGAUACCUCUGAUGCUCAGGCAGGGGUUUUGUGCAAGCUUCAGGCAAGAGAUGACAUCGGACGGAUUGAGCUGGUCCAGAAGCUGGCGAGAGAAAACUGCCAGUUUUUGCAGGCGGACAGAAAACCACCGGAGAAGGCAGAACAACUUCUCAAAUAUGCGGGCAACAAAAAAAUCACGGCCGGUGAAAUGGAAGAUUACAAUUAUACAUCAGUAUUCCUUAGUCCGUGUAUUGCCUUCAUACAUGUGUUUGACACACUGAACGAUGUAACGGAACCAGGUCAGAAUGAGAGGAACGGCAACUGCGGGCUGUUACUUGCAUUGAAGCAGCUGCCUCUUUUGUGUCGCUCACCCUGGGGUGACGGAAUCUGCCAGGGGGACCUCGCAGGGGGCUGCCAGCAGCUCUUCGGCAGUCGCUGGGUUUCCAUGCCCCCUGCUCGGUCAGCAGCAGCCCCUCACCGCCGGCGCCGCUGGCUCAGCCGGCGGUGGCUGCUCCGUGGGGGCGGGCUGCCGGUGCAGGAACGGAUGAUUUACAUCGACGAGGAGGACGAGGAGGACGAGUGGAGCAGCCGCUCGCAGUCCUCCACCGAGGAUGACUCCGGGGACUCUCUGCUUUCCGACAGAUACGUGGUGGUGUCGGGGACGCCGGAGAAGAUUUUGGAGCAUCUCCUCAGCGACCUGCACCUGGAAGCCGCCCAGGACAAAGAGACUGAAACUCUCCUGGAUGACUUCCUUCUCACGUACACGGUCUUCAUGACGACUGAUGACUUGUGCCAGGCGCUUCUGAGGCACUAUUGUGCUAAGAACCACCAAGGGAAAGAAGACGACUCUGAUGUAUCCUGUAGGAAACGAAAAGUCCUGCAUUUGGUGUCUCAGUGGACUUCUCUCUACAAAGACUGGUUACAUGAAGACGAGCAUUUAAAACAAUUUUUAAAGACAAUAUACAGGAAUGUGUUAGAUGAUGUGUACGAAUAUCCCAUUCUUGAGAAGGAACUGAAAGAAUUUCAGAAGAUACUUGGGAUGCAUCGUCGUCACACUGUAGAUGAGUAUUCACCUCACCGAAAGAAUAAAACCUUUUACCACCAGUUCAGUCUAAAGGAGAACUGGCUGCAGCACAGAGGAGCCAUGAGUGAAACAGAAGAAAUUUUCUGCCGUGUCUACAUAACAGAGCACUCCUAUGUCAGUGUGAAAGCUCAAGUAUCCACUUCAGCUCAGGAGAUACUGAAGAUCGUAGCAGAAAAGAUCCAGUACCCGGAGGAGGAGCUGGCGCUGGUGACAGUCGCGUUCUCUGGCGAAAAACAUGAACUACAACCAAAUGACUUGGCUAUCUCAAAAUCUUUUGAGUCAUCCAGUCGUAUGUUUGUCUACCGAAAAGAUCUGACUGAUUCUUUGAACCCAUUUGCUGAAAACGAGGAAUUGCAGCAAAGGUCUGUGAGAAUUUUGGGAAUCAACACCUGGGAUCUUGCCUUAGAACUAACAAACUUUGACUGGAGCCUCUUCAAUGCAAUUCAUGAGCAAGAGCUGAUAUACUUCACGUUCAGCAGACAGGGCAGUGCUGAAAACACUGAGAAUCUCAGCCUUCUGCUUCAAAGGUGCAAUGAGGUCCAGCUUUGGGUUGCCACCGAGAUACUCCUCUGCAGCCAGCUCUGCAAACGUGUACAGCUCGUCAAAAAGUUCAUCAAGAUUGCUGCCCACUGUAAAGCCCAAAGAAAUCUGAAUUCAUUCUUUGCUAUUGUUAUGGGUCUCAACACUGCAUCUGUCAGCCGGCUGUCUCAGACCUGGGAGAAAAUUCCUGGGAAGUUCAAGAAACUUUUCACUGAACUUGAAAGUUUGACAGACCCUUCCCUGAAUCACAAAGCUUACAGAGAUGCAUUCAAGAAAAUGAAAUCUCCGAAAAUCCCCUUCAUGCCCUUACUUCUGAAAGAUGUAACAUUCAUCCAUGAAGGAAAUAAAACUUUUCUGGAUAACCUUGUUAAUUUUGAAAAGCUGCACAUGAUUGCAGAUACUGUUCGGUCAUUGAGACAUUGCAGAAAUAACCAGUUUGGCAAUGAAGUUCCUUCAAAAGAGCAUCAUGAGCUGAAGCCAUACGUCCAUCAUCUGCAUGUCAUCGACAACCAGCAAGCUCUGUUUGAGCUUUCCCACAGGAUAGAGCCGCGAGUGUGA